CCCGAAAAAUGCGCGAUUCCGCUUUCCUGGUAUUUACUAUUUUUCCGGUUGAAGAUUUCAAGUCAAACAGCGUCUCUCCAGUUUCACAUUCUCGGCAUAGUUCCAUUCUCAAGCUUGAGACUUGAGAGCUCUUCUCAUCGGAAGUUUCGCAGCUAGUCGCCGGCGACGAAGGAUUCAUGGCGUCCGAUCUGGAGCAUAAGGCUAAGCAAGCCUUCAUUGACGACCAUUUCGACCUUGCUGUUGACCUCUACACUCAAGCAAUCGGUAUGAGCCCUAAUAACGCCGAGCUCUUCUCCGACCGUGCUCAGGCCAACAUCAAACUCCAAAACUUCACCGAAGCUGUUGAUGAUGCAAACAAGGCAAUUGAAUUGGAUCCUUCGAUGGCUAGAGCAUAUUUGCGUAAAGGCAUGGCAUGUUUGAAACUGGAAGAAUUCCAGACUGCAAAGGCAGCUGUUGAGACAGGUCUUCCAUUAGCACCAGAAAGUUUGAAAUCGAAAUUCAGUGAUUUGAUCAAAGAAUGUGAUGAAUGCAUCAAAGAGGAAGCUGGUGAACAAGCUAAUGUGGAGUCCUCCACAAUGAACAUUGCUAUUCCUCCUGAAUCAAAAGGAUUGGGUGCUGCGGCAGCAGCUAUACCUAAAGAUGCUCAAGCAGCUGCCAAGCCAAAAUACAGGCAUGAAUUCUAUCAGAAGCCUGAGGAAGUGGUUGUUACUAUAUUUGCCAAGAGAAUUCCUGCAAAGAAUGUUUCAGUUGACUUUGGUGAACAAAUACUUAGUGUUACAAUUGAUGUCCCUGGUGAAGAUGCAUAUACUUUUCAACAACGGCUCUUUGGCAAGAUUAUUCCUGCAAACUGCAGAUAUGAGGUUAUGUCUACGAAGAUUGAGAUCCGCCUUGCAAAAGCUCAAGCAAUCCACUGGACUUCUCUUGAGUAUAGCAGUGAAGGUUCAGUUGUGCAGAAGGCAUUGGUUCCAUCUGAUGGCUUCAAGCCUUCUUACCCUUCCUCAAAACCUAAAAAGGAUUGGGAUAAACUGGAAGCUCAAGUAAAAAAGGAGGAGAAAGAUGAAAAACUAGAUGGGGAUGCAGCAUUGAACAAGUUUUUCCGAGACAUAUACAAAGAUGCUGACGAGGACACUAGAAGGGCAAUGAUGAAAUCAUUUGUUGAAUCAAAUGGAACUGUGCUUUCGACAAAUUGGAAUGAAGUUGGGUCCAAGAAGGUGGAAGGCAGCCCUCCAGAUGGCAUGGAGAUGAAGAAAUGGGAAUAUUGAAAUCUUGUUCUGCUGGGAGCAAUUGUGAUUUGUGAAGUUACUUUGUUUUUUGGUCUACGUCCAUUUUUGUUGGGUUGUGAAUCUGUGAUGGAGUUGUUCAUAUUUUUACCCAGUUUUAAUUAUUAGGUUUCGAAUUGUCUAUAUGUGUCUUCUACACCAUUUUAUUUCCUUCUUUUUAAUGUUGAUUACCUUUGGUCAGAAGAUCUUACACUCUCGUCCAUAGGGAUGCACUCACUCGAUUGCAUUGGUCUUGUAAGUAUACUGCUAUUCUACGAAUUGACUAAAUUUGGUUGGUUUUUAGUUUCCCACAAUUUUCUAAUUUUCUCUGA